CCGCGUCCGCAUUAAAGGACACACACCGGAGCUCGCAUUCAUGGCUCCUUUCAGAUGGUAGAUGGCUCGCAUUUACGCCCGCCACAGUACUCUCGUCUCCCCCCGUCUCGCCCCGGCCCGCUAUAUAUCGCUCCACCCACUCCGCCAUUGACGACACUCCUCACCUCCCUAGCUAGCUAGCUCAUCCAUCGAGCUACUUCCUAGGUACGUACAUACACGGCCCACACUCACUGCAUGUCAUUCCUCGUCCUCCGGUAGCCAGCUUAGCGGGAGACAUCGAUCGGCCUCCAGGGACAGGGGUCGGGAUCGUGCGCUGGUCGGGCUCGAAGAGGGGGGCAAGAUGGACGUCAACGACGUGCUGCUGCUGGCGUCGGCGGUGGUGCUGGGGCUGGUGUGGUGGCGGCGGUGCUCCAAGACGGGCGGCGUCGACAGCCUCCCCCCGGGCCCGCCGGGGUGGCCGGUGGUGGGCAACCUCUUCCAGGUGAUCCUGCAGCGCCGCCCCUUCAUGUACGUCGUGCGCGACCUCCGGGAGAAGUACGGGCCCAUCUUCACCAUGCGCAUGGGCCAGCGCACCCUCGUCAUCGUCACCGACGCCGACCUCAUCCACGACGCGCUCGUCAAGCAGGGCCCCAUGUUCGCCAGCCGCCCGGCCGACAGCCCCAUCCGCCUCCUCUUCAGCGUCGGCAAGUGCACCGUCAACUCCGCCCCCUACGGCCCGCUCUGGCGCGCGCUCCGCCGGAACUUCGUCGCCGAGAUCGUGUCGCCGCAGCGGGUCAAGGGCUUCUCGUGGAUCCGGGAGUGGGCCAUGGGCAACCACCUCCGCCGGAUACGCGCCGAGCACGCCAAGACCGGCGCCGUCCGCAUGAUGGCCAGCUGCCGCCUCACCAUCUGCAGCAUCCUCAUCUGCAUCUGCUUCGGCGCCAAGAUCCCCGACGAGCUCAUCGUGGAGAUCGAGGAGGUGCUCAAGGACGUGAUGAUGAUCUCCCUGCCCAAGCUCCCGGACUUCCUGCCGCUCCUCACGCCGCUCUUCCGGAGGGAGCUCGCCGAGGCCAAGAACCUGCGCCGGCGGCAGCUCGACUGCCUGCUGCCGCUGGUGCGCGCGCGGCGGGAGUUCCUCCGGACCGGCGGCAACGCGUGCAAGGCGGACGGGGAGGGGAACAGGGUGAUCGGCGGCGUGGAGAUGAUGAGCCCGCCCGGGGAGGCGUACGUGGACUCGCUGUUCGACCUGGAGCCGCCGGGCAGAGGGAAGCGGCUCGGCGAGGAGGAGCUGGUCACGCUCUGCUCCGAGGUGAUGAGCGCCGGCACCGACACCAGCGCCACCGCGCUGGAGUGGGUCAUGAUGCACCUCAUCCUCGACCCAGCGGCGCAGGAGAGGGUCUACGACGAGGUCGUCGCCAAGGCCGGCAAGACCGCCCGGAUCACCGAGGCCGACGUCGAGGCCUUGCCCUACCUGCAGGCGGUGGUGAAGGAGACGUUCCGGCGGCACCCGCCGAGCCACUUCGUCCUCUCGCACGCGGCGACGCGGGACACCGAGCUGGGCGGGUACCGGGUGCCGGCGGACGCGAGCGUGGAGUUCUACACGGCGUGGGUGACGGAGAACCCGGAGACGUGGCCGGACCCGGACGCGUGGCGGCCGGAGCGGUUCCUCGAGGGCGGCGAGGGCCACGACACCGACAUCACCGGCACCCGCGCGCUCCGCAUGAUGCCCUUCGGCGCCGGCCGCCGCAUCUGCCCCGCCGCCACGCUCGGUGUGCUCCACAUCCAGCUCACGCUCGCCAACAUGAUCCGCGAGCUCCGGUGGACUCCCCCCGCCGGCGAGGGGCCGCCCGACCCCACCGAGACCUUCGCCUUCACCGUCGUCAUGAAGAACUCGCUCCGGGCCGGCAUCGUCGAGCGCAACCAGCCGCCGCCGGUGGCCGCGCAUUGAUUGCCUCCGUCCACCCAGAAUGCACGGCGCGGCGCGGCGCGCACGUACCCCACGUCACGGAUAGGUGGUUAAUGGCGGGGUGUCAUGCCUCAUCAAGAAGAUAUAGAUAAAAUACUGCGGCGUGACAUCGGAUCUGCUAGUGGCUGCUGCUCGUUGGACAUCGUGAUGCAAUGCGACGUCUCUUAAAUUUUAGCGUCAUGUUAUUUAUUUUCUUCUCUUCUCUUGAUUAGUGCUCGAUCCCCUUCUCUUCUUCUUUCUUCUUUCUUCUUCUCUUGAAUUCUUGAUUUGAUCCACAAAUGUACCUAUAACCUGCUGCUGUUCCUUGGAGUAUAUUUUUGUUGCAAGAAAAAAGUUGGAUAA